AUGAUAACAGGUUUUCUGCAUUUGGGUGGCCUUCGGACGGCUCUGUACAAUUAUAUUUUUGCCAAAAAACACCAAGGGACCUUUAUUUUGAGAGUGGAGGAUACAGAUCAAAAUCGAGUGGUCCCUGGAGCUGCAGAAGGAAUAGAAGAUAUGCUGGAUUGGGCAGGUAUUCCCCCUGAUGAGAGUCCUCGCCGCGGUGGUUCCUUUGGACCCUACCAGCAGUCACACAGACUUGACCUUUACAGGAGAACCAGUGACGUGCUUUUGGAGAGAGGCGCGGCGUACCGCUGCUUUUGUACCCCUCAGCGCCUGGAACUGCUGAAGAAGGAGGCUUUGCGGAGCCAGCAGACCCCGCGAUACGAUAACCGGUGUCGGCACCUGACACCCACAGAAGUGUCUGAGAAGCUGUCACAGGGCCUCGACUGGGUAGUCCGCUUCCGACUGGAGAAGGGAGUGGAACCCUUUCAGGACCUGGUCUAUGGCUGGAACAAGCACGAAGUGGCUGACGUGGAAGGCGACCCAGUGAUUCUCAAGGGGGACGGCUUCCCCACUUACCACCUGGCAAAUGUGGUGGAUGACCACUACAUGGGCAUCAGCCACGUUCUGCGGGGAACUGAGUGGCUUACUUCGACGUCCAAGCACCUCCUUCUCUACAAAGCCUUUGGCUGGGAUCCCCCUCAGUUUGGUCACCUCCCGCUGCUUCUGAAUAAAGACGGUGGCAAGCUGUCAAAAAGGCAAGGGGACAUCUUUCUGGAGCGUUUUGCUCAGGAUGGCUACUUGCCAGAGGCUCUGCUGGACAUCAUAACCAACUGUGGCUCUGGAUUUGCAGAGAAACAGAUGGGGAGGACUUUGGAGGAGCUGAUCUCGCAGUUUGAAAUAGGCAGAAUUACAACCCAUUCUGCCCUUCUGGAUCUUGAAAAACUCCCAGAAUUCAACAGGAUUCACCUCACCCGUCAUAUUGAGAAUGAAGGGCUGCGACAAAAGCUAAUUAAAGAGUUGCAGUUGCUGGUGGAGCACGUCUAUGGGGAUCAACAAGUGGAUCAAGAGGUUCUAGAAAAGGAGUAUGUGGAGCGAGUCCUCCUGCUGAGAAAAGGUCACAUAAGCCUCCUGAAGAACCUGGUGUCAUCUGAUUAUUCUUACUUAUGGGUUAGGCCCUCGGUCUCCCGAGAGCAGCUACAAACUAUUUCUGCAGAAGUAGAUGAAAUAGGAAAACUAGUCUUAGGGCUCAUGACAAGGCAGGCAGCUGUUUUGACUGUGGAGGAGUUGAACACAGACCUGAGAAGCCUCCAGAAGCAAACAAAAGAGACUAAGUACAGCAGCAUGAUGAAGCUCCUUCGCUUGGCUCUCAGUGGGCAGCAGCAUGGACCGAGCGUUGCUGAGAUGAUGGUGACUUUGGGACCCAAAGAAGUGUGUGGAAGAAUACACAAAGCACUAUCUAGCUAAUAUGAGA